AUGGCGCGGCUGCCGGGCUCCUCGCGCGGCUCCGGGCGCCUGCAGCCUCCCCCCCUCGGGCGCCGCGGGCCAGGACGACGGGGGAGGAGGGAGGAGGCGCGGGAGCGGAAGCCGAGCCGCGGGCCGGGCGCCGGGGCUCCUCGGGGGCGCGGGGGCGGCUGCCCGGUUUGCGCCCCGCGGGGCCUGCGGCCGGAUCGAGCCCCGGAAGCAGGUGUGUCACCUGUUAAGAGCGGCCAGGACUGGGCUCGCCCGGUGGGGAAACUGAGGCACGGGGCCGGGGUGUGGGAAGAGGGCUGCCCCAGGGCACGCGCGGUCAGGCAGUUUCGGGGCUGGAAGCCAGGGGCCCCGAGCCAGGUGCGCGCGCUUUCCGGCGACCGCAGCCACCCCAGCAGGGUCCUCCUCGGGGCGGUCCCACGGCACCUGUGCUCACCGGGGAGGGGGCCCGGGAAGGCGACCGCCAGGAGGGUCCGGGGCAGGGACAGAAGCGGUGAUGGCGAAAGAUUCCUUGGAUACCCGGGUCUCGUGUUGAGCCGGGAGAGACCCGUGCUGGGGCGCUGGGCGCAGGGAGGACACAGACCCUCAGGCGGCGGCGAGGCAGGGCCGGCGCUCGGCCUUGUCCCUGCGCAGCGCCAGGUGCAGCCGGGCGCGGGGCGCCGCCCGCGGGGGAGGAGGCGCCUCCUGCCCGAGCGCGUCCCGGGCCGAGAUCACACAUCCUCCCUGCUUAUCAGCGAGCCUCCGACCAAAGCCUCCGACCGAAGCUCACCGCGGGCAGGGCGCGCGGGCACAUUUGAUGAGCAGCCCCCACCGCCCAGUCAACAAACGCUGCAGACUUUGCCCCGAGAGUGUUUACUCCCGGCAAGCACGGAGGUGUACCCCCCGCGGGCUGCCCGCUGCUUUCUCUGGGGUGGGGGUGGGGUGAAGGCGGGGAUGAGGGAGCUACCAGUUCCGCGGCUCCGCUGCCGGCCACGUCCCCACGCCGGACCGCGGGCGCUUCCCCGCCGCCCGAGGGCCGCCGGGCCGCCUCAAGGCCUGCUGCGCCCGGGUCCCUCGGCCAAGCAGCAGGGAGCCCUUAGCAGCCUGAGGCGCGGCCGGCUGGGAGCCCCAGGGACCGCCCAGCCUUGCUCCCGGCCCACCUGCAAGAUGUGGACAGCCCUUGUGCUCAUUUGGGUUUCCUCCUGGUCCUUAUCCGAAAGCCUGCACACAUCCGAGCAUCCACUCCUCAACCAGACGUGGGACCACUCGGACACAAACUCGUCCGUGGAAACAGUGACCGGAGUCUUGAACAGAACAGCUGAUAUGACCCCGGCGACACCGUCUCCCAUCACACUGACCAGAGGGACUUGGGGAGGCGACCACACCUCUCCUGCAGUCACAGCGGGGACAACACACAGGACAGACGUGGGCACUUCCGUGACAGCUGGAGGGACCCGGGCCGGAGCCGCCUCCAGGGCACCCACGCCGCCCGCCCCUGUGUCUGCCUGGAGGACCCCGUCCUCACCCGGCACCCGGGCGCCUGGCAACAGCUCGUCGUCUAGGCCAGUGACAGCCAUGCCACCCGCCACACCCACACUGGCCACGAGUGCCCAGCCCGCUGCCGCGACCCCCGCCAGUGUCAGCAGCCCCGCAGGCUCACCCGGUCCUCCCGGGUCCACUGCCAGCCUCUCCACAGCCAGCCUGACGCCCUCGAGUCCCCGAGUACCCAGUGUGUCCACGCAGGGCCCCACCGUCCAGGUGCCGACGCCAGCGCCCGGGACUGUGGAUGACACAGCCCGGAGGCCCGCACCCACCCUCUUAAACACAACCCCAGAGCCCACCUCCCCAUCUGCGGCUUCCGUGUCCACAACCGUGGGCACCACAACCAAGGCCCCUGCGCCGACCGUCAGCUCAGCGGCAGCACCCACACCUCACACCAGCCCGGCCCCCGCGGUGGAGGCCACGACCCCCACGACACGGCCCAGCCCUGCCACAUCCACGCCGGGGGCCCCAGAGCCGGGCACAACUCAGGUGCCGGAGCAGGCCAGGCCUGUGGCCACGCCUGGUAUUACUCCCCCAGGGCCGACCCCUGGGGACUCCAAGGUGCCCCCCACAGACUCGUGCCAGCCCAGCACCCAGGGCCGGUACCUGGUGGUCUCCAGCGAGCCCCUGACCCUGUCCUCUGUGAACAGAAGUUUCCUCCUGGCGGUGCUCUUGCUGGGGGUCACCCUCUUCAUCACGGUCCUGAUCCUGUUCUCCCUGCAGGCCUACGAGAGCUACAGGAAGAAGGACUACACGCAGGUGGACUAUCUCAUCAACGGCAUGUACGCCGAUUCCGAGAUGUGA